AUGACUCCCAAAUACUUAGCACAAGAACAGAGCGAUACCAUAAUCACUACAUCGUCCGCUCCUAUCGUACUAAUCGCUACCUUUCGUAUGGAACUUUAUUACGAUGACACUGAGGUGGCUGUAUGCUUCACAUCAGCGGAAACCUUUUGGUCGGCUUUCUACUUUAUCACUUGCAUUACAAUCUUCUUUGUUCUACCCUUCAUUGUGUUGGUUGUGCUCUAUGCUGCAAUCGCCUACAAACUUCUACGUCGCAACAUUGACUUUCAUCGCCCCACCACCGCUGCUCACGUGCCGCCCACCACCUGUUUAAGUUCGGUUAUUCUACGCCAUCAAUCGAUAAAUAAUAAACUGCCACUCCAGAUGACGUCCAAUGGCGUGGGAGCCCAACAACUUAGCACCGGUAUGCGAAAACAUCGCAAACAAGUGAUAUUCAUGUUGGUUGCCGUAGUCGCCAGUUUUUUUAUUUGCCUUUUGCCAUUUCGCGCAUUCACAUUAUGGGUUAUCACUGCACCUACGAAGGACAUCGCAAGUCUUGGCAUUGAUGGUUAUUAUGGUAUUUUAUAUUUCUGCCGUAUAAUGUUGUAUUUAAAUUCGGCUUUAAACCCUAUACUGUACAAUCUUAUGUCUUCGAAAUUCCGUACUGGAUUCUGGCGCUUGAUCAUUUCCUGCUGCGGAGGCGGCACGGAUCGUGUUAUUGGACGUGGCAAUAAGGGGGCAACAACUACUGCCACAACAACAACAACCAAUCGCCGGCAAAUGGAGGUCAAAACGUCAGUUACUUAUGACCAGCGUCGUCCCAAAUUCAAACGUGAAUCAACAUUUGUGGUAAACUCUUCCAUUUCAACAUCGUCAGGCUCGGACCGAAGUAGUAGCUUAUCAGUAAUCGGGCCUAGGGCAGUUAUGGGGCCACGAUCUGUGGUAGGUGCCGCCAUAAUCGAUAUAACUAGAAGUACUGUGACAACUGCAUGCCCACUGGAAAGCGAUGAAAAUUGCGCAGAGAGAAAUUAUAUCUAAACAAGUGCGAAGAAUAAUGAGAAAUUUUAAAUU